AUGGAUCUCCUCCGCUCGCACCUCCACAAGGUCCGCAUCCCGGAGCCCGGCAACCGCAUCCACAAGGACGAGUGCUGCGUCUCCUUCGACACCCCGAGGUCGGAGGGGGGCCUGUACGUGGACAUGAGCUCGUUCCUGGGUUUCGGGAGGGAGCAUGUGGAGUGGAACUUCGAGAAGACCGGGAACCCCGUGUACCUCCACAUCGUGCGGCGCCAGAAGCCGGAGCCGGACGAGGCGGAUCGCCCUCUUAAGAAGCCCACCCUCCUUGCGAUAGGCGUGGAAGGAGGCUUUGGUGAUCAAGAACCUGAAUAUGACAAUACUUUUGAAAUCGUCAUUUUACCUGAUUUUAUCUCUCUACCAUUCCCCUCAGUUGACUUGCCAGAGAAGGUUAGGCUUGCAGUUGAUAAGGUUAUCCUUGCUGAAAGUGCUGACAGAAAACAACAACUAGCUGCUUGGGUCGCUGACAAGAAGAAAAUUAGUGAAUAUGCUAUGGAUCUGCAGCAGCUAGAAAAUGGUGUUAUUGUGCCUCCAACUGGAUGGAAGUGCAGCAAAUGCGAUAAAACUGAGAACCUCUGGUUGAAUUUAACUGAUGGUAUGAUCCUUUGCGGGAGGAAGCUUUGGGAUGGAAGUGGUGGGAAUAAUCAUGCAAUUGAACACUACGAACGGACCAAAUACCCUCUUGCAGUAAAGCUUGGAACAAUUACUGCUGAUUUGGAAGCAGCAGGAUUAAAACAAAAAAAAAUACAAGAAAGUGGAAAAGAUGCUGAACUUCUAUUUGGACCUGGUUAUACUGGUCUUGCGAACCUAGGGAAUAGAUACUUUGAGAAGCAGAGUUUGAAAGCUGCAUUUGCAACUGCACCUACUGAUCCAACAAUGGACCUAAACAUGCAGAUGACAAAAUUAGACAUGUUUGCUCUCUGCAUAGACUGCUUUCUUGUUGCAUCCAUAGUAAGGGUUAUGCAAGACCAGUUCACACUUCUUCUUGAUUAUCGACCAACGUACUGGUCUGCUUUUGCAUUUGAUGGACGGCAACUGGGGCAGGAAGGGAUACGUCCUGGUAUGUUUAAGUCAGUUAUUGCUGCGAACCAUUCUGAAUUUUCAAGUAUGAGGCAACAGGAUGCCCUUGAUUUCUUCCUUCACCUUCUUGACCGAGUUGAGCAGGCAAACCCUGGGAACCAUGAGUUAAAUCCUUGUUCAGGUUUCAAGUUCAUUAUUGAGGAGAGGGUCCAGUGCCCUUCUGGGAAAGUUUCUUACAACAAGCGGUCGGACUACAUUCUUUCUUUGAGCAUACCACUGCAUGAGGCAACUAAUAAAGAGCAGCUAGAAGCUUUUCGUGAGAAGAAAGCUGCAAUGGACUUGGAUGGGAAAGAAGUGUCUAAUGAGGAAAUUGUGAGGCCUCGAGUCCCAUUGGAGGCAUGCUUAGCAAGUUUUUCAGGCCCAGAGGAAAUUCCUGAUUUUUACAGCACUGCUUUAAAUUCAAAGACGACUGCCACCAAGUAUGCACAUUUUGAACUCUACAAUUUUUAA